GCAUUAUUUAUCCUGAUACUUCUUGCUACCUGUGGUUCAGCACUUGCUGAUGAAGUUGCCACUGAGAACAACAGGACUGGGACAACAAGAUCUCCAACCACAGUUCAACUAGAUACAUCAUCUGACAACACUACUGAACCAGCCACUACUGCAGAGAAUCAGCUACCAGAUGAUAAUGACACACAAUCAGCAAACUCUGAUAAUAUCACUGAAAACCCAACUGACAAACCAAGUCCAGCAAUAAUCACAUCUCAAAAGACUGUCAUUGAAACUACACAAAAUCCAAUAAAUAAUGAGGUAACUACACAGAAAAGCAAGGAUGAGGUAAACAAUGUGACACAGUCAAGUAACAAAGCUACAGAUGGGAUAGAGAAGCAGUCUGAAGGGCCAGGAGGUGUAACCACUAAAGGACAUGUUGAAAGUACUAACAAAAAUACAGGAGCAGAUAUAACUACCCAGUUUAUACCAGUGACAUUUGACACAAGAUGGAUGGACAUAUUUAUUCAUACGCAUCAUUUUGAGGGUCAAUAUUCAUUCAAUGAUGUGAGAUAUUUGUUUGACUUUGUAGUGAGAUACAAGCAUCCAGAUAGUCCGAGGACAUUGGUGGCAUUCCUGUAUGAUGCUGAUGGUGCUGUACUGGAAUUCAAUGGGACGUCUCCAGACAAUCAUUUGAUAGUGUUUACAUUGUCCAAGAUCUACACGCCCGGUGUGAGAUUUCCACUACAUCAGCCACUAGAAAUAACGGGAACAUUUACACGCCAGGACCAGCCAUAUUUCACAGGAAACUUUACAAAACCGAUCAAUUCAUCGUUUGCAUGGUUCCAUAUGAAUAAAGGGUUAGGAACAAUAGAGACUGGUGAGACUGCAGGGACAAAGACAGCUAUUGUUAUAAUCAUACCCACCAGUAUAGCAUUCCUAGGUAUAUGUGGUACUGUAGCCAUCAUAUGCUGGGCAUCAAAGAAAGGAUAUCUUCGAGGUAGACAUAAGUCGUACAGACUUUUCACUGACGCGCAAGUUUCAUACGAAUCUGAAGCAGAAACUAUCCAUAUCUAGUGAAAGGUAUAUCUGGGCAUAAUAAAUGUGUGUAGGAUCUUACGAUACUGAUUGUUUGUAACAUCACUUUUCAUUGGAUAAUCGUGUUAAUGAAGUUAUCUGAUUUUGUUCUUAAACUGUAUUUUGAAUUUGUUAUAAAGGUUCUUGACAUGUUAUAUGGCCAUAAUUAAAUAAAUGACUGACUGCAAUAUUAUAAAUUGGUUAUAAAACCUCUUUACAAAAUAUAUGAUCAUAAUUAUAUAAAUGAUUGACUGCAAUAUAAUAAAUUGGUUAUAAAGACUCUUGACAUGUUAUAUGGCCAUACUUAUAUAAAUGAUUGAUUGUAAUAUAACCCUUGCCUGCUGGCACAUGUUAUAUAUGCAAAGAACUAUUUAUAUUAGGUCAUAUAACCUGUCCAGAAUCUUUUUAACAGAUAUUUAAUGACUUGUCAUUUUGUAAAGGUUCUUGUUACAUUUUUAAAAAUGAAUCAAGGAGGUGGUUAUUAACUGAGUCUGUGUUCAUUGUACUGUUUCUGGUACAAGUUUAAUCCUAGUCUUUUUCAAAUGGCAACAAAUGAGCCGCGUCACGACAAAACCAACAUAGUGCAUUUGCGACCAGCAUGGAUCGAG